AAGCAGCGCCGGGAGCGUUAUUCAGUUGCUGCGCCACUCUCGCUUCACAUUCAUCACCACCCAACGCACUCUCCACUCCUUUUCUCUCUCUAUAAAAUACUCAACCCCCACUUUACCAUCCGAUCAUAAUUCACCAGAAAAUCUGCCAGAGAUCUUUCUACCUAGCUAGAUAGAUUAUGGGAUCAGACGACGGCACACCACCAAAGCUCUCCUUGUUGAUUUCCAGGCCAACCAGACCGCCGGAAAUGAAGACUCCGCCGCUGCACGUGGCUGUCUCCGUUCCGUUCCAAUGGGAAGAAGCACCGGGCAAGCCCAAGCACCGCCCCGCCGAAUCCAAGCCCAAGACUGCUAGAGCCUUGGAGCUGCCUCCCAGGCUGCUGUUCUCUGAGGCGAAGGUGUCCAGCGUGCCGUCCCCAACCAACGUCUUGGAUGGUCCUUACAUUGGCCGGGUCAUGUCCUUCGCGUCGUCUAAUGACAGGCGCGCGAGUAAGGAUCAUUGGAACGGCAAUUUUGGGUCCAGCAGGUGGAGAAGUUUCAAGAGAAACAGAGAGGAGGGUGAGGAGGUUAUGGAAGGCAGCUUUGACUUUUCAGACUGUACUGCAGAUGGCCGUGCCACCGAAGUAAAGAUCUCUAGGGUCGGCAUGAGGAGAAGAGGAAGCUUUCUCGGUAACGUAUCCAACACAAGGUCGCAUUUCUGGGUGUAUGAUGACGAGGAGCUUCUGCAAGUAUCGGAUUGCCAGGCAGUGGAAUGUAACAAUUUGAUAAACUAAUGGCAGCUUAGCGUCGGAGAGACGGAACUUCAGCACAUUUCCUUUGAGAGGCUGAGAGAUCAACGUUACGAUGGCAAAUUUUUUUUUUUUAAAAAAAAGUUGUCAUUACUGUUAGUUUUGGUGGUGGUGGUGUAAUGAUUAAUGAUUAGCUUGGCGGAGCGGUUAUGGAAGAAUAAUGUGAUUUUGUGGAAAGUGCAGGCGAGCGUUUGUGAUAGCUUGAAGCAAGUAGUCCCGUGGAGACGCAGGCAAGAGGGCCAGAGAAAAUAGGAGCCUCCUAAUAAUUAGCUUCACACACACUGUCAAGUGUCAACCCCUCUCCAAUCAGUAUCUACUGUAAAUUAGUCUAAGGUAUUAUAUUCACCUCCUAGACAUAUAUACAUAUAUAUAUAUAUAUAUAAUAUUGCAAUUCCAAAAGUAGUCCCAAAGAGUUGUUUGUUGCUUUGUUUCUUUUGGGCACCAUCAGAUCAGAGAGACUUGUAAUAGAUGGAGUGAAUGCUUCCCCUUCCCCCUGGUUGUAUGUGGGAAAAGCAGAAGCAACCGGUAUUAUUGUCCAUGAAAUUAUGAAGUGCCCAUUUUUGCCAACUGGUUGUGUGUGGAAAAGGCAGAAGCAACUGGUGUGUGGCUGCCUGGCUGGUAAAGACAGGGCACUGUAAUUGUUUAGUUUUGAUUUUCUGAUGUUACGUGUAGCCGGGUCAAGUAGAGUAGUUCAGUUGACUAUGACAUAUCCAUUACUAAUCACGCGUCAAUGAGGAAAUGAGCAUCGUGUCUUUCUCA